AUGUCUGCGAGCUCGAGCUCUCCAAUUCCAGUACCGGCCGUUCCGCCGCAUAAACACACACAUUCUUACGACAGAUCGCUGUCAAGACCGUCUUCGCGGACAUCUGUCCGUUCUGGACGCGCCCCCAGUCCUUCUUUUUCUUUAGACGACCCCAUUGCUGUUCGCAACCACAUAUCCACCCUCAAACACAGCAUACGCCACCAACAGGCGCAGGUUCACGAUCUCGAGAACGUUAUACUUCGUGGCCCACGACCUUACCCUGACCUAUUCGAACCAACAAUGGCGGCUGCAGCGACAUCACCUCCACCACAGCCGUUCACUCCGUCAAAGAUACCAAAGAGAUCGAGUUUUGACAAGGGGAUAUCUAGACAGGACAGCGGUUUGCCCAUGCCGAGACGGGAACGCGACAAUGCGGUAGACGAUGGUAUAAGAGAGGGAAUACCAAUGUCAUUUGGUGCUGGAUCAGUGAGCCCUAAUACUACUAAGCGGUUGCCGAGCCCUACGAGGACGUUGAGUAGGAUACCCAUUUCAUCUGUAGGGAACGCUCGGGCCCUAGCUGAUGAAGGCCAGCCUCCAACACAACGGCUUACCGUUGAUGCCCCGCCUACCCCAAACCAUGCAACCCUCUCGCCGUAUCCGCCAUCUUCACCUAAUGUUCCAUCUUCGCCUAGUCCGAGACGCAUGUCCCUAACGCCCGGUGGCACGACGAAAGUUCUGGCCGACCUGCAGACAGGUGUGGUCAACGCCCGCAAUGCCCUAGAAAAUACCAAAUCGCAGUUGAGGUUGUCGCAGAGGAGCGUCGCCCAACUGACUCGACAAACGGAAGAUCAGAAAGAAGUACUAGAAAGGUUGAGGCUAGAGAACGAGGGUCUGAAUGGUGUGGUAGCAAGGAAGGAGAGACUCUUGCAGGAGAAACAUCCACAUCGAAAAAGGCGAUACGAGGAAUGGAAUCCUUCACUAGCAGAGGCCACCGCGCUCUCACAAAAGUCGGAGAGAGAAUACAUUACGCUUAGAGAUUCGAUCAAAGGCUUGAUACCGACCGGCUACGAGAAGAGAUGCGAAAACGAGAGGAACGGAAUGAAGAAGGAUACAGAGACGAUAGCGGUCAAAUACCAGGCGCUAUUGGAGGAGGUUGAAGGGUGCAAAGGGCUCAAAGAAGAGCUAGAGAGAACAAGGGCCGAAAAUCGGAAACGUGGAGAGGAAACUGAGAAGAUGUGGAUGAGCGAUAUUCAAAGCUUGAAAGCGGAAGUUGGGGAGAGCGUAAGGAUGGGCGAGAAGGACAGUGCUACUGCCAAGCAACUGGCGGAUGAGCUUGCGCGUCUUAGAAGACUCAUGCAGCGUACAAGGGGACUAUCUGAAGACGAUUCCAAUACCGGCGCAAAAGAGGAUGCAGAAUCAAUACCCACGCCAUCGUCAUGAUCCAUUCUAUCUUCUCCUCUUGUGGAUAUUUAUUCCGUCUCUUGCUUUCGACAUUGGUCACUUUUGCACAACACUAACGUUCUUCACGCACGCAUACAACCACGUUUUCCCUUACUCGCAUACGCUCAUUUCAGAUGCAUAUUAAUGUGUAAUGAUUUUUACCCGGGGCCUGGGUGCCUUCUCCAACUUCAUGUUUGGCAGUUUUCUCUGGGACAUGACAUUCACGGACGGAAGAAGCUAGAGAUGACGCCACCGUUCACUUUGGACUUCUUCUACCUACUUUCUUGGAGGCUAUUCGAAAUAAUGGGCGAGGAGGGUGCUCCCACUUUCCGCGCCUCGUCCUUGCUCUAAGGCCAGUACCUCGACGUUAGCCUGGAAAUACACCAAUGUAUAUCGAUGCAAA